GAGCUGGAGUCGUGGAUCACAGGUGCGGGAUCCGCCGGAGUUAUCUACUUCGCUCUCGGCUCCUUCAUACGAGGGAAGAACAUACCAAGCCAGUACCGCGACCUCUUCCUCCAGGCUUUCCGAAGACUACCCCAGCGAGUCAUCUGGAAGUAUGAGGAAGAACUGGAGGACGUCCCCGAUAACGUAAUGAUCAGCAAUUGGCUCCCCCAGCAGGAUAUUCUUGCCCACCACAGGGUGAAGGUGUUCAUCACCCACGGCGGCAUGUUCAGCAUGCUGGAGGCCAUCUACCACGCCACGCCACUCCUCGUCCUCCCCAUCAGCAACGACCAGCCCAGGAAUGCAAUGUUUGUCACGGACGCCGGAGUGGGACUCACUCUCGCCUGGGACGCCCUCACUGUUGACAUCCUCCUCCACACUCUCGCCCGCCUCAUCAACGACUCAAAGUUUGUGUUGUUUGUGAGGCUUCCGUUUAGAAGUGUUGUGAAGCUUGUGUUUAGAGGCAUUGUGAAGCUUGUGUUUAGAUGCAUUGUGAAGCUUGUGUUUAGAUGCGUUGUGAAGCUUGUGUUUAGAUGCAUUGUGAAGCUUGUGUUUAGAUGCAUUGUGAAGCUUGUGUUUAGAUGCAUUGUGAAGCUUGUGUUUAGAUGCAUUGUGAAGCUUGUGUUUAGAAGUGUUGUGAAGCUUGUGUUUAGAAGUGUUGUGAAGCUUGCGUUUAUAUGCAUUGUGAAGCAUGUGUUUAGAUGCAUUGUGAAGCUUGUGAUUAGAUGCAUUGUAAAGCUUGUGUUGUGA